AUGGCCGUGUCAUGGAGAAGACCUCAUCAAGUGGUGAUGCUGGGUCAAGCCAUGCAGGUUGCUGGUGAAGAGGCUGCACGGGGUGCAGGUUGUGGUUGGGUGAGCAGCAUCCAUAAAAACCUUCCCCUGCUGGGUGAGGACAGGGCUGGUGGCUUGUCAUCUCCUGAAGGAGCACUAGAGGUCUCUGCCUGCCUGGCACUACAUCAGGUGCCACCUCUGGGUCCAGGGAAGCCCCAGCUCAACUGGCAGGGCUUGUCCUGCAGUGGUGCCCUGGGGAGGGAGAUGUCCCCAGGAAGGGGACACCCCAUGUCCCUACAGUGCCAGCACAAAGGCUCUGGGGGAAAAGUGCUUGUUUGUUCUACUUCCUCACUUUAAAUUUAAAAGUUUAUUUAAAUCUGGCCAGUAGUUAACUUUGCAGUUAAUGGCGCCUCUCCCCAGCGUUGGCAGGAUGCUCAGGGCAUCCCCUGGCACGAGGCCGUGGGUGACGGGCUGUGAUGUAACACUGGGGAUUACGUCAAAAACGUGUUGGGGCACAGCGCUGGUGGUGCCAGGCAUGCGGAAUGGCACAAACCAGCCUGGCAUCCUGGCGGCUGCUGCAGCUUGUACCAGCCAAGAGGCAGUGAAGGGUUCUGGGGCUGGCAGCACUUCAGUGGCAUGGACACACCGGGCUGGUGGGGACGGGGCUGGUGACAGCAGCCAAGCGGAGACCACCUGAUGUCCCCUCCCCCAGGGCUAUCCCAGCCCUCCAGCCAGUUUUUUACCCAGCAAAGAGUACUCCUGUCCGUGCCACGGGCAGCCAGUUUCUCCAGGAGAAUGCUGUGGGAAAUUGUGUCAAAGGGUUUACUAAAGUCCAGCUUUAUUUUUAAAGCUGGCUUUCUUGGCGCACUUUUUAGGUUCUUUCUAUCUUCUUUUCCAAGACCAGCUAAUUUAGCGGGAGCCAGUUCUUCCCAGUGAGCCUACUGGCUCCAGAAGGGGUUGGGAAGGAGUGAUAUGGGCUUGUUCUUACCUGCUCCGGUGGCAUGGCUUGUGGCCAAGGCUCAUGCCACGCGGCGGCUGAUGAGUCAUGGGGCGAUUGCCUCAGCUGGCACCGGUGACAGCCCUGCCUGCAGCGCUGCCCAUUUUCGCUUUCCUUCUUGCACCCAGGACUUCACACACACCCAGGACUUUUUGCUCCAAGGAAAUUCGGGUCAUUCCAGCUCGCUGGGCUGCGUGAAUCUGAGGAAGGAUCUCCAUCGCCACCAUCUGCACCACAUUCCUGGCUGGGGGCUGGGACCCAGCAGGGCUGGAGCGAUGGCUGCAGUGGGUCCCCGGCACCCUGCAGACCCUGCUGGGCACAGCGCCGUGUCCCCAGCUGGUGCCGACCCUGGGGGACUCUCCGCUGUCAUGGCAGGAGCUGGCACUAGCGCGGUUUGGAGGAGCCGUGCUGAAUGCAGCCAGGCUUCCCUGGCCAGGCUGGGGACCAGGCUAUGGCGGAGCGUGGCAUCACCGUGCCAGACGCUUGCUGGCCGAUGCCCAGGAUUGCAAGACCGCGUCCCGUCAGGAAAAAGCCCUUGCUGCUGCUCAGCCAGGUACCAACGAGCUUGGCUACGGCUGGUGGCGAGUGAGGCACAAACACCCCGGAGGCACUUCCAGGCACCCAGGAGAUCUUCAAGCCUUCAUCCCAGCUUCAUCUUCAAGCACUAAGUGUGUGGCCCUGGCUUCCUGGCUCGGCUUUCACUUUUCCUUUGGUGCCUCGCGAUCUUCUUCCGCCCCUGCAAAGAGAUGAGGUUUCGCUUUACUUCUCCAAGCGGAAAAGACACCCGGGAGAUAAAAGCGGCAGCGACAGGGAAGAGGAGCCAAAGGAGGUGGGCCCCGCAGGGACGUGAUGCUGCUCGGGGACCUGACGGGUGACCUGAGAGUGUCCUCAGCUGGGGCCAGCCUCACACAGGGCGAUCUUCAGGAGCACAGGCUGCAGAUGGGGCCAUUUCGGCACCGCAGGUACCCGACAUCACCAUCUCAGUGCUGGACAUCACCGUCUGGGUGCUGGGGACUCUGCCCCAGUGCUGCUGGCAGCCACUGGAGAUCCCAAAAUGGGAUCCCAGCCUGGCUUGUACCUUGGUCUGGAGGAGGAAACACCCUGUGGUGCCUGGCCCGUGACCAAGCCGGGCUUCACCUCGAGGCAGCACCAGGACCCCUGCUCCCUCUCCUCCCUCCCCAGGGGCCACGUUUAUUUUCACAUCCGUUGGGAUCUUCUGCUAAGGUGCCAUCUAUUCCAGCUGAGCUGUGCCUCGCUUGGGCAACAUACGUGAAGUCAUUUGUGCUGGUUUGGGCGUUUAUUUCAUAGUCGUAUUGAUCAUGAACUUGUUGCAUUGAAUAAAAAUUAUUCUUCUAGAUCUGUGCAUUUCUUUAACAGGAGAGGAAGGAAAGACAGCGCUGUUGUCCUCUUCACCGAGAGGGCAGCUGAAGGACCUGAGCCCUGGUGGGGGCUCAGCCUUUUAAUUACUGACCUUGCACAAUCUGCCGCAGGGAGAUUGUCUGGCGCAGGAGCCCUGGGUGGGAGCCCGGUCCGGCAGCAAUGCCUGUGACCCGCUGUGAAGGAAAACUCUGUGCCCACCAUACUAUUGGGUGUUAGUGCUGUGUUUUGAUGUCCUGGCUCUUCUCCAAGCUAUGUCUCCAUCUGGUUUGGUCAAAGCUGAGAUAGCCACUGCUUAAGCCACACUGCUCCCUGCCCACCACCUCCACUCGUCUUCACCUCCACUGUGGUUAUCCAGGAAAGACCUGAGCUCUCUGAGAUGCUGCUGGGGCAGGGGAAGGGCUCACGGAGGGCUGGAUGGAUCCUGGAGGUCAACAACCACUCCUGCUUAACCUCUUCAUUAAUGGUCUGGAUGAUGAGGCAGAGUGUACCUGCAGUGUACCAAGUUCACUGAUGACACCAGACUGGAAGAAGUGGGUGACACACCAGGGGGUCAUGCUGCCAUCCAGCGGGACCUCAACAGGCUGGAGAAAUGGGCCAACGGGAACUUCAUGAAGUUCAACAAGGAGAAGGGCAAAGUCUUGAACUUGAGAAGGAAUGACCCCAGGCACCAGGACAUGCUGGGGGCUGUCCAGAUAGAAAGCAUCUCAGCAGAAAAGGCCCUGGGGGUCCUGGUGGACAUCAAGUUAAGCAUAAGCAAGAAACGUGCCCUUGCGCCAAAGAAGGUGAAUCGUACCUGGGGCUGCAUUAGGAGGGGUGUUUCCAGCAGGCCAAAGGAGGUGAUCCUUCCCCUGCUCAGUACUGGGGCAAGGGUGAGGCCACCCUUGGAGUGCUGGGUCCAGUCCUGGGCUCCCCUGUGUGAGAGACAUGGACCUACUGGUGAUAGUCCAACAAAGGGCCAUGAAGUUGAUGAAAGGGCUGGAGCAUCUCUCCUACAAGGAAAGGCUGAGAGCACUGGGGCUGUUCAGCCUGGAGAAAAGGAUGGCUCAAGGACUUUUGGUGGUGCCUACUGACAGGAGAGCAGACAAUCAGCACAACCUGAAACACGUGAAAGUCCACCUGACCACAAGAAAACACUUUAUUACUAUGAGGGUGGUCAAACACUGGAAUGGGGUGACUAGAGAAGCUGUGGAGUCUCCAUCCUUGGAGACAGUCAAAACUGGACAACGUCCUGGGCAACCUGCUCCAGCUGACCCUGCUCAGCAGGGGUUGGACUGAACGAUGUCCAGAGGUCCCCUCCACCACUCGGCACAGCACAUCCAUGCUGAUCUGCCCACCCGGAGGUGUAUCUUUCCACAACCUUGCGCAAGAACUUUUCUUGUUUGCUUGGACUCCUUGAAGUCAGCAGUUUAUUUCCAAAUAUGAACAUUAACAAUUGGGUCCUUCUGGAGCAGUGGUGGUCUGUGGCCACCACGCGAGGCACUGCAAAGUGCGUUUAUGCCUGUCGCUGCUUUACUGUGUAUUUGCUUGUUAGAUACAGGUAUUGCCCUCAUUUUCUGCAUUUAAUGCUUGAUGAAUGCAUGAAACUAAAAGCACAGCGAUGAUGGCUUCAUGUCGCAGGAGACUACCUCGGGGGAAGGACGGGAUCUGCUGAAUGGGGCACCGCGCCAGCUGUUAGCGGAGAGAUGUCAAUACAUGAUAUUUGCAUUUCCAGGGUAAGUGGGGAGGUAAUUUCCAGGAUUUGCAUUUCCAGGAUAAGCUCCAGCGGCUGGUGGGGGCGGCAGCCCCGCUCACCUCCGGCAGCUUCCCUGCACAACCCUAUAUCCCACCUGGAAAGUGCUGGGUGGAAGGGCUUCUGCUUUCACCCUUUUUCCUGCUUUUGUAGUGAGUCCGGUCCCUGAGGAUAACACAUACCUAAAGAUCAUGCCCGCAGCCUGCACUGACCACUGCCUGCGCCUGGCUGCUGCUUUCACCCCCUCCCUGCGCCUUCCGUGGGGAAACUGAGGCACGAACCGCCGCCGCUGAGGAGGCACCGAAACCCUCCCGGCCACCCCGAGCCCGCUGUCCCCGUGGGGCUGCAUGCCUGGGGGUGCCCCGUCGCUCUGGGCGAGAGGCCGGGCCAGGGCGUGCCCAGGCUUCCCCACACUUGCUGCUCGCAUCUCUGCGCCGCUCGACGCAGCAGGGCAGGGUCCUUGGAGGGGCGCACGGCCACGGCAUCCCGAGCAUCCCCCCUGCAUCCCGGGGGCGCUGGGUGCGCUCACCCCCUCGAGGUGGCCGCGGUGUUGGGGCCGGUGGCGGGAGGCGGGCGCUCCCCGCACCUGCCGCACUUGUGGCACUGGAAUUCCCUCCGCUGCCGCUUUCGCUUUCCUCUUUCCUGAGCCGCCGUGUGGAUUUUCCUGCCAACCUGAAAGCGCAAUCACGGCGGGCAGGUGGCAUAAAAAGCUGGGGAGAUGGGGCAGCGAGGCAGCCACAGCCAGAGAGGUGAAGCAGCUCCCCAGGAGCAGCCACCAGCCCUGCAGCCAAACGAGCCACCUGCAGCAACGCCGUCAGGCAUCGCUAUAUCAGGGGUUAAGCGGAUCCGUGCCGGAGCACUCCGUCCUCUCUGUCUUGUUGCACUGCAGCCCCCUCGUCCCAUCGUAACCCACUCGCCCUUGAGCUCUCGUCGGCAAAAUGCUGCUCCUCGGCUUCAUCCCACUCCUCGCAGUACUGACGGCGGGCAGCUUCGGGGCUGCCUUCCCCCAGCACGCCCUGAGGAAGGGCUGCAGCCUCUUCAAGUACAAGUUCCUUGUGCCCCACGAGACGAAGGCCAUGCAGAAGAUGAAGCAGCACUUUGAGGAGGACAUCAGGCUGCUGUCAGACCGCAAAUGCAAUGCCAGGCUCUUCCAUCGUAAAUGGAACCCAGCGGAGCUGUCGGUGCCCGACCGCAUGAUGCUGGUGGAAGCCGAGCUGGACCUCGUCAUCGCCAUGCUGGAGCUCCCCGCCGACCCCAGUUUCACCAAGACGCGUCAGCGGCCCCUGGCCUUCCUCUCCCAAGCCCGGGAGGACCUGCGAGGCUGCGUGAGUGACCCCCCCAGACUCCCCUGGCCCCGUGCCACCUCAGCAGCCCCAGUGCCGGCGGCAGCGCCACGGGGCACUGCUGAUCCUUACGCGGCCGCUUUCCUUGCAGAUGGCCACGGGGGCUCCUUCGCAUCAGCCCUCUGGGAAACUGAGGCACUGGCUGCAGAAGCUGCAGACGGCCAAGGAAACAGAGACCACCAGCUGCCUGGAGGCCUCUGCCAUCAUCCACAUCUUCCAAGUGCUGGACGACCUGCGGUGCGCAGCCUUCCAGGAGCAAUGCAUUUAGCCCCCGCCAGUACCGCAUCCGGCAUGGCGUGGCACGGCACGGCACCCACCCGCCCCCAGGGAUGCCCCGAGGACCGGGAAAAAUGAUUUUGAUUGCAUCACUGGAUUGUAUUUCCUAUUUAAGCAUUUUUGUUAUUUAUGUGAGUUCAGGGAACUUUUUAAUUUGUUUAUUUUU